AUGGAAAGUAAAGAAACAUGGAAGUGGUUUAUUGGCCUUCUAAUUGAGGACCUUGGAAUGGGAGUUGGGCAUGGACUAACCUUGAUAUCAGACCAACACAAAGGAUUACUUGAGGCUGUGAAGGAAAGGGUCCGAGCAGCAGAUCAUAGGCAAUGUGCUAGGCACAUACGUGCUAACUUCAUAAAAAGGUUUAAGGGUCAACUGUUUAGAAAUCUUUUCUGGUAUGCUGCUGCAGCUACUACCCCUGCAAAAUUUGAACAACACAUGAAUGAAAUCAAGAAAUUAGAGCCACUAGCUUAUCACCAUUUGAUGGAAAGGGACCUUAAAACUUGGAGUAAGGCAUUUUUUCAAACCGAUAGGGCUUGUGAUGCAUAUGAAAAUGGUAAAUCUGAGAGUUUCAACUCUGUGAUUGAAGUUGCCAUGAAGAGACCACUAAUCACUAUGUUAGAAGAAAUUCGAAUUUAUGUGAUGGAGAGGCUUUAUAGACAGAAAAUUAAGGGGGAAUCUUGGGAUUUAACCAUAUGUCCUACCAUUAGGCUAAAGUUUUGGAAAAUAAUAUUAUCUGGUUAUCAACAGUAUGAAGUCAAACUUGUGUAUGAUGCAUAUGUUGUGGAUAUUGGUAGCAGGACAUGUGCCUGCAGAACUUGGAAGUUAACAGGUUACCCUUGUGUGCAUAGGUAUGCUUGCAUUGCAAGCCUCAACAGGGAUGUAGAAGAGUAUGUGUCACCAUGGCUUACCACAUCAAUGUACCUAAACUGUUACAUGUAUACCAUUAACCCACUAAAUGGUAGUGACAUGUGGCCUCAUGUAGACUACAUCAGCCCAUUGCCCCCGAAAAGGAGAAGGAUACCAGGAAGACCAUCAACAAAAAGGAAAAGGGAUCAGAUUGAGAGGGAAAACCAAGGAAAAAAGCAUUCAAUCACAAAAAGAGGUAGUGUGAUGAAAUGCAACAUAUGUAGGGAAAGUGGGCAUAAUAGAACAACCUGUCCUCAGAAACCAAUUGGGGAAUCAUCAAAUGCAAGUUCAAAGAAAAAGAAAUCCAAGAAAGCUAUUCAAGCUGAAGUUGAACCUAAAGUACAAGUUCAAGUUGAAGAUGCUAACCAAAUUGUAGUUCAAGAUCAAGUGGAAAUACCAGCUUUUCAAGUUGUAGUGGGAAAGAGGGCAAGGAAACCUUCAGAAAGAAUUACAAAACUGAAGAUAAGAAAGAUGUGGGAGGGAAAACAGGGAAGUAGUGAUGACAAUCCGUAUGAGUUGGAUUAA